AUAUUGUGUGCUUCACAUUUCUCAAGGCCAGUGCCGUCAAAAACGAAGGAUAUUUUUGUUGUGUUUAUGUAUUUAUUUAUUUGCUAUUUAUUCAUUUAUUCAUUUAUUCAUUUAUUCAUUUAGCUAUUUAUUGAUUCAUUUAUUUAUUUAUGUUUAUGUCUCAUUCCGAUUUGAGACAUUUGUUUGUUUUAUAUUUCUCAAGGGCAGUGCCAUCAAAAACGAA